CUUGAUGUCAUGUUCCCACUGUGUGAUUCUUACGCCUUCGGGCACCAAUGGGAAUCACAGAUGUGUUAAUCAGUGUCCCCCGGUGGAAGGCUCGACUGGUGUUGACUGGUCCAAGACAAACAGAGCGAGGGUACUUAAGGGAGGAGGUAAGAGAAAAAUUAAAUGAGGACGGUAACGCCCGGUUUCUAAGAGAAGAGAACCCCUCGGGCCGUUUCGGUGUUCCCUCCAACACAGACCGCAGCAGGGCAGCAGCCCCACGAGGACCGGAGAUUCCCAAGCGGGACGCCGGAGCCCGAGGGUUUUCGGGGGGUGACGGGGGGCAAUGGGAGACGGGGGCGGCGGCGGCGGCUCCCCCGAGGGGGCGUUUCGGGACGGGGAGGCGGAGGACGGUGCCCGCUCCCGAACGGAGGUGGACCCGAGGGUGAGGGAGAUCCGGGCGAGCCAGCGGGACGUCGCGCUGGGACGGGCUGCCCAGAUCAGGCGCGGGGGCGCGCAGGGUUCAGAGAAGGAGUUGAUUGAUAUCUGCUGGGGUGACGCACACAGCACAGGCAUAAAACCCCUCUCCUUCGUCCGGCAGGUCCUUGCUGCCUGCCUGCACCCUGAGCUCCUCCACAGUGAUAGACUGCCUGUUGACGCACGACAGAGGGCCCAGAGGCUGCUGGGAGAAUGUGAGGGUGGCAGCUUGGGGUCAUACACACACUCGUGCGGUCUCCCUCACGUCCGGCGCAGUGUGGCAGAGUUUAUCACGCGACGGGACGGGGGCGUGGCCUCUCUCCCCGAAAACAUCUUCAUCUCCUUGGGCUCCCAGCGAGCCCUCACGCUGGUCCUGAGCCUGCUAGCCCAGGGUGAGGGCGUGUCCCGGACUGGCGUUCUGACCCCGGCGCCUGCCUGUUACACCGUCGCCAUGGCGCUGGCAGCGGUGGGCGUGGCCCCGGUGCCCUAUCACCUGUGCGAGGAGCAGGGGUGGGUGCUGCGGGUGGACGAGGUGUGCCGGGUCCUCCGAGCCUCUAGGGGGCACUGUGACCCCAGAGUGCUGUACGUCGUCAACCCAGGGAAUCCCACAGGUCAUGUGCAGAGCAAGGAGUCAAUCGAGCAGGUGAUCCGAUUGGCUGCUGAAGAAAGGCUCAUCCUUGUGGUGAACGAGGUCGAUCAGGACAGUGUGCACGGGGAGGGCUCUGAAUUUGUGUCCUACAGGAAGGUGCUGUUUGAGAUGGGGCCUCAGUUCUCAGACGCGGUCGAGCUGAUCUCCCUCCACUCCAUCUCCAGGGGGCUCAUGGGAGAGGGCGGCCUGCGUUCUGGGUACAUGGAAGUGCUCAACGUGGACCCCGCGGUGAUCUCUACGUUUCAGCGGACUCUGCUCUCCGUGGACAUAUGCCCCCCCGUCCCGGGUCAGAUCGCCCUGGACCUCAUGGCCUGUCCCCCGCGCCCCGGGGACCCCUCCCACGCCACAUACGCGGAGGAAGUCCAGACCCAACGGGACGCGCUGAUUGGGAAUGUCCGCCGGGCCCGGGAGGUUCUGGACUCUCUGCCGGGGGUCAGCUGCCAGACGGGCGCGGGGGGGCAUUACCUCUUCCCCCGGCUGCACCUCCCCACGGCAGCGGUGGAGCAGGCCAGGUCAGCUGGAGUUGAGGCAGACCUGCUGUACUCUGGGCAGCUGCUGGAGGAGGAAGGGUUGUGUGUUGGACCCGGGUGCGAGUUUGGGCAAAGGGAAGGCACUUACCACAUCAGGUUGCAUGUGAUGGCGUGCCCUGAGGUUCUGGAGGACGCUUUGGGUCGUCUGAAGAGGUUCCACCUCAGGUUUAUGAGAGCGUUUUCCUGACCUCCUGCCGUUUCUCCUGACCUCCUGCCGUUUCUCCCCGCAAGGAAAUGGCUCCCCUGCUGUAAUAAACCAGAAAAACUAAUAAACCCAACCUUCACCUGAUCCUUUUUGGGCGAAACUUUUUUUUUUUCAGUCGCAAGUUGAUUGUCAGGUGGUUAUUCAUCUCAUUAUUUUAGGUGGGGAUUCACAAAAUCUUCAGCGUUCGAAUCUCUGCGACAUACACUCGCACAUUUGCAGAUUGUCUUUCAUAAAAAUUGUCGAUGAGCGAAUCACGGACACUUCCCCCUCUCACCCAUUUGCCCUUUGAAGAGCAGGUUUUUUUGGAAGUGGGUCUCUUCCAAAUUGUAAGUCAGUGUUCUAGGACUCCAUUGCCUUCAUUUGCUGGCAGUAAUUGGCGAUUGUUACAUCAGCAUUAGAAUGUUCAGUUAAGAAUCACAUAUUGGUUGAGGAUGAAGCUGUAAAAAAAAAUAAAAAUAAAAAAUAAAUAAACAAGCCACAGAAUUA